AUGUCUGGCCCUGGGUCAGAGACGUCCGAUGGUCGGUCGAUGCAGUCUCGAACCGGAAGAAAUAAGCAAAGACAGCUUGCUAACGCUUUUUCCACCCGCAAUCUAGGGUACAACUCAAAAGGCGAGCGACUCGUCGCAGGAGUCGUCCCCUUAAGUCCCGACCUAAACUUCGUUCUUCUUGUACAGUCGACGCGGCGCAAAGGAUGGGUUCUCCCAAAAGGAGGAUGGGAGACCGACGAGUCUUGCCAAGAGGCGGCUACACGUGAAGCUUGGGAAGAGGCUGGAAUUACUAUUCAAAUUGACUAUGAUCUGGGCACCAUCGACGAAAAGCGUCCUCCCAAGUCGUCCAAAGACAGAUCAAGAUACUCAUUUUUCCAGGCCACGGUCCUCAGCGAGGUUGAGGACUGGCCUGAGAGGCAUAAACGAGAGCGUCAGUGGUUUACCUACACCCAGGCUCUCGAUGCCCUGGCAACAAGGCCUGAGCUGCAGGAAGCGCUUCAGCGCUCUACUAUCAACCAAUUGUAG